UUUUCUUCUAGAAAAUAUAUAUUUUUUCUUAGGCUUGGAAGUCAAUUUAGAUCUGCCAAUUUUUAUGUUUUUUUUUUAAAAUUAGAUCUACGAAACAAAUGAAUUCUGCUUACCUAGGAAGUGGAGAAUUGAAAAGAGGAAACUUGUGCAAGAUACCAUAAAUUUUUUUCUAACCUAACAUCACCAAUAAUAUUAGGAGAGAAAUUAAUACUAAAUAACCCAUAUCUUAGAUGAAUUUACAAAUUAUGUUCCAGUCUUGGCAGGAUUUUCCGAAACACUUGUCUUCUCUCGUGAAGCGCAAAUAUUAAUUUGAGCCACUUGCCAUUGCAUGAAGAAUUCCUCCAUUGCUCUCUUGUCCUGUAUCUGUUUCCACGGAUUUGGACUACUUACCCUUUUGGGUGCAUGGGAUACGCUGCAUCACUUUGGUAAUAAAUCUGCUUAGGCCAGGGAAAUGGCGAGCUUGGCGUUUGCAGGCAUGGCGGCUUCUGUACCCACUUGUGGAUUCAGUCAUGGAGGGCCUCGUCCUAGAUUUUAUGGUCUCAGUCUUGGAGAAGAUGUUCCCCUACUUUGUGGUAACAGGACAAGAAAACCCAAGAAGCUCCAUCAUGCAGGUCAUAUGGCUGGCAUCAGAGCAGGGUUAUCUACUACUGUCAGUGCCCCUAAAAGAGAGGAAGAUCCUAAAAAAAGAGUUGUUAUUACAGGCAUGGGACUAGUCUCUGUCUUUGGAAACGAUGUAGAUGCAUAUUAUGAAAAGCUCCUGGAAGGUCAAAGUGGGAUCACCCUUAUAGACCGCUUUGAUGCAUCAAAGUUUCCUACAAGGUUCGGAGGACAGAUUCGGGGGUUCUCAUCUGAUGGAUAUAUCGAUCCAAAGAAUGACAGACGUUUGGAUGAUUGCCUUAGGUAUUGCUUGGUCAGUGGGAAAAAGGCACUAGAAGAUGCAGGCUUGGGUCAGGAUAACAUACAUAAGAUUGACAAGGAGCGAGCUGGUGUGCUUGUAGGCACUGGGAUGGGUGGCCUUCAAGUUUUCUCAGAUGGAGUGCAAGCUCUUAUUGACAAAGGAUACCGGCGAAUAACUCCCUUCUUUAUACCAUAUGCAAUUACUAACAUGGGCUCUGCAUUGCUUGGAAUUGAAGUGGGGUUCAUGGGUCCAAAUUACUCCAUCUCAACAGCAUGUGCUACAUCCAACUAUUGCUUUUAUGCAGCUGCAAACCAUAUUCGCAGAGGUGAGGCAGAUAUUAUGUUAGCUGGUGGAACUGAAGCAGCAAUUAUUCCAAUUGGUUUGGGUGGAUUUGUUGCAUGUCGAGCUCUAUCUCAGAGAAAUGAUGAGCCUCACACUGCCUCAAGACCUUGGGACAAGGACCGGGAUGGCUUUGUCAUGGGUGAAGGUUCUGGAGUAUUGGUUAUGGAGAGUUUGGAACAUGCAAUGAAGAGGGGGGCUCCAAUAAUUGCUGAAUAUCUGGGUGGAGCUAUUAACUGUGAUGCCUAUCAUAUGACAGAUCCAAGAGCUGAUGGUCUUGGUGUCUCCACAUGCAUUGAGAGGAGUCUUAUUGAUGCAGGAGUAUCACCAGAAGAGGUGAAUUACAUAAAUGCCCACGCCACAUCAACAAUAGCAGGUGACUUGGCUGAGGUGAAUGCAAUCAAGAGUGUGUUCAAGAACACAUCUGAAAUAAAAAUUAAUGCGACUAAGUCUAUGAUAGGGCACUGCCUAGGUGCUGCUGGUGGGCUAGAAGCAAUUGCCACUGUCAAAGCCAUAAAUACUGGAUGGCUACAUCCAACAAUAAACCAAUUUAAUCCAGAACCCUCAGUUGAAUUUGAUACUGUAGCUAAUGCAAAGAAGCAGCAUGAAGUAAACGUUGCUGUUUCAAAUUCAUUUGGUUUCGGGGGACACAACUCAGUUGUCGUGUUUGCUCCUUACAAACCAUGAGAACAUACAUAUUCAUUUCAUUUUGGAGGCUGUUCAUGUAGCUGACACAGGCAUUGAUUUGAGGUAGAAUUUCAUUUGAUUCUUUGUGGUACCAAAACUGCAAGUGAGUGGUCUAUUAUUGAAUGGAAGCCUCUGCGAAAUAAAAUUUGCUUCUGUCAUUCAGAGUUCAGAUUUUGGAGAAGAAAGGUUGAUGUGAGUGCAGCUGUUGAAUCUGUUCCUCAAUCAGAAGAUCAUGUUUUUUCAUUUUGAAUUAUCUUAGUAAUAUAGAGGCUUAGGAUUGAUGCUUCCCCAAAUUUUGACAAUUAUAUUUUUCACUUUCAGGUUUCAAGUGCAAAAUAUGUUUUUCUUUUUCUUGCCUUUGUUCUUCUAGAAUAAGUUCCUUGAUUAUAGAAUCUAAUAUGCAAUCUCAUAUAGCCAUUAGGGUUCUCAUAUGCCAUUUGUAAAUGUCUUAUUUUAUCGUCUACAACCUAAGACAAUCUAAUAGGUUCAGCCAUGUGAAGAGAUAAAGUAUUCUACAGUAGUGUAAGACUGUUAUAUUGGUUUUUAAUGUUCUUUUGCAUUGAUAUUUUAAUUUUA